AUGACAUUAGGGAAACAGGGUCCAGAGGGUACACUGAGGGUGGUUGUCAUCCAGGAAAGGAGGCUCCAUCUCGGGGUCCACAAUGGCUGGUGUUUCUUGGACAAGCCCCAAGUGGUGGUGCUGGAGCCCCUAGCCAGAAGCCGAUCAGACAGCAGCUCCAAACAGAGCAGCCUGGUGAAGGACAGCUCUACAACAUCGCCCCCCCCUCAGAUGCUGGGCCUUCGCAGCAGCUUGGAGCUCAAACUGACAAAUCAUCAAGCUCUCGCAAUCGUCUUCCAGCUGGAGUUCGUCUUCUCUGCUCCAAUUGGCCGAGAGACAAUG